AUGGGCAGCAGUGGCUCACUGCUGUGGUCCUCGCCAGCCAAGAGCCUCUCCCUCGCCUCUCGCAGUCGCCUCGUUGCCUUCCUCUGCACACUCUUUGGCGGCCCUGUGGCCAACAACCCACUCUGCAACUUCACGGAAACUUCCUCUGGGCGGCAGUUGAAGGAUCCAGCAGAGCUUGUGGAUUACAUUCGAGCGACUCACCGCACUCCAUCUCGGCGCUUCUCUGCCGCCCAGCAGUCUCUCUUCAUCCAAAUCCUCAUCAUGGCACUGCAGUCAGUCGUGCAGAAGAUGCCAGAUAAUGCCCCGAGCACGGCUGUGCGGCCGUACGAGCAGCUGCUCGCCGCAAGCUGUGCGCCCGCGUGUGCGCUGGCCAUGCUGGCCAAUGGCCGCUGCGACCCCGCAUGCAACGUGGCUGCCUGCGACUUCGAUGGGGGCGACUGUGCCUGCGCCACUGCCCAUGCUGCUGGGGCUGGCGGCAGCACCACUGGCAGCGCUGGUAGCGCAGAUGUGCAAACGCGGGUAGGAGGAGGAGCAGAUGUGCAGUGGUGUGAAUGCCCAGUGCUGCAAACACGGGGGGUUGAUGGAGCAUGCUGUGAGGGGGCGGGAGUGGGGGAGGCCAUCAAGGUGCCCUUCAGGCUGCGCCGCUUUGGCUCCACUGUGCAUCCCCUCGACGCCACUCGCGCCACCAACGCCUCUCUGCUGCCGCGCACUGUCUCCCAGUACAACAGUGUGCUCGUGGGGCUGGUCAUCGUGCAGUACCGCUGGAACGCCGCCCACUGUGCCAACAGCAGGUUCCACUUCCAGGACGCAUGUGUGGGGGGGGAGUCGGCGAGUGCGUUUGGGGUGAACCCGGUGUUCCUGCCGUCCUCCUCGCUCUACAACCCCAAUGUCGCCGUCACCAACACCACUGCCUUCACCAACCAGCCCUUCGCCAACCCCUUUGAGCUCAACGCCAAGGGGCUGCCCUUUGGCUUCCAGCAGCUCGUCAGUCACACCUUGCCUUCACCCAUGCGCACCGUCUUCUGUUACAAUGCAUGUAACCGUGUCACCAUUUAA